AUGCUAUUUACUUUACAGCUUAUCAAAGGGCAUCGCCACCAAAAGAAUAACGACAGCAACCCACCACAGCCGCUACAAAUCCCGCCGCUGAAGACCUUCCGGCGUUUCGAGGCAGCCACCCGCAGCUGUCUCGGCUCCGAUGUCGCGCAGAGCAUCCAAAUCAUC